GUCAUCAAACCGCGACUUUACCAGUUAAGCGGAAGAAGAAAACCUGCUGAGCUAGUUGGCUGUGUUCGAACUCGGCUAAACGUUUGAACUUGUUUAAUUCGUGUGUUUUACGUGUAUUAUUUUCGUGGCUGUUGUAAUAUGUAUUUUUUGUACGAAGCCUGAAUAUUUAUCGUGUUAUUGUCGCAGAAUUACGGCUGACACUCAGAUGGCUGUUUAGCUGGUUUAGCUAGCAGGCUAUUUGGAUGUUUCCGGCGUGUUUUGUGGAGAUGAAGAAACUCUUUUGUGUCCUGAGGUUUGGGGGAAUAGUGUGAUGACCUGCGUUUGUACACUGUGAGGAGAAAACGGCGGCUUCCACCAUGAGUGACAGCGACUCGGAAGUGGAAAGGAUUCUGACGGAGCGGCCGCCCAGCAGCUAUGGCUCCAUGUGUAGUGACAAUCCAGAAGAUGAUGAUGAUGAUGAUGAGGUUCAAGAUGCCGCUCCUCAGCCCGUGGUUAAAGUCAACUUACCUACAAGGGUCAAGCUUAAUCGGCCAGACUCGCCAGAGACGGGCGUCACCUCGAUCACACAAGACCGACGAACCAGUGUCCGUAAUGAGGGGGUCUACAUUACUACACAAAGGAGAGAGGAGGACCGAGGAGAAUCAGUAAUGGAGAUGGAAGACAAUGAGAGUUACAUGCUUGAGAGAGAACCCCAAGACCGCGAGAGGAGGAAUAUUCAGGAGGAACCCAGUGUUCCCGAAACCACACAGUCGCCUACUCCUAUGGUGGAUUCGGCAGACGAGCUCUCCCUGCCCUAUGUGUUCACGGCCAUGCUGAACACUCUCAGAACUCUGAAUGCAGUGGAGCUGCUGUGUUUCGUGCGCAGUCUGAGAUCGCAGAGUAAAGGUAAGCUCGAGUUCCGGCAGCUGGAGCAGGAGGGCGAGAUCGACGUCCUUGGCGUGGUGGACCGGAUGAUGGAGAAAUGGGACAAAGGAGAUGCGCUGAGCAGCACCAUACGUACGCUGUAUGAAAUCAACAAGCAUGCUGUCGCUAGCUCACUGGAGAGCGUGUGCAGGAGAGCGUUGGUGCAGUUCGAGCUGAGAUGCAGUCACACGCGCCGUUAUUACAGUCUCUACGAGGGAGCCAGUCGCCCAGGGCAGCAGCGCUACAUCAGGCACGUCUACGUAGACUCGCCCAUUGUGCCCCAAACCCCAACCGGCGAGGGACUGCCGAUCAGUUUUAGCGACCUUUUCUCUCCCAUCGAGGGCGAAGAUCGCGUCCGUGUCGUUGUGACAACAGGCAUCCCGGUCGUCGGCCUUACGGUGAAAGUGCAGAUGUUCAUCAUGGACUGGACGGAGGAACGGGUGUGUCAGGACUUCCAGUUCGUGUUCGCGCUUCCGGGUCGCGACCUUCACCUUGUCCGAAACUCGGAGCAGACUUUCCUGGAGUUUCUUGCCGCGUUUUACCCCGAAGCGAAGCACGCGGAAUUCCUGGCAAGCCAAAACUGCGCCGUGCUCUUCGUCAUCGAUGCGCUCGAGCUCUGCAGGCAACCCCUCGAUUUUCAGAACAAUCCCAUCGUCACGGAGAUCACGACUCCUGCUCCGGCGGACGCCCUUCUCACUAGUUUAAUCAAAGGAGACUUGUUACCUCACGCCUGCGUUUGGAUCACAGUCCGUUGUCCCACCGCUCGGAAAAUCCCGUCAGGUUGCCGCUACAGAUUUACAGAGCUGAAAGGAUUCGGCGACGCACAGAAGGACGAGUACUUCACUAAACGGACUAAAGACCCGACGCUCGGCAGACGCGUCCUAGCUUGCGUCAAAAGUACUCCAGGUCUGUACGACGCCUGCUAUCUGCCCCUCUUUUCCUGGAUCGUGUCCUUCGUUUACGAGCUGCGCUUACAGAACAGAGGGUUCGUAGAGUCGGUGCCAGCCCUCACCACUUUUUACGUGCAGUACGUCAUCGUGGUGACGAACCGGAAGAUCGAGCGCUCCGUUGGUACGGGGUUCGACGCAUCCCAGUGGAAAGAAUCUGACGUAAACUUCUUGUUGAAGAUGGGCGAGCUAGCGCUGAAGAUGCUGAACGAAGAAAAGAACGUCUUCUACGAAGACGCAGUGUCCCGUUCGGCACUGGACCUCCACGACGUCACUCAUCGAGUCGGGAUCUCGUUCGAAACAGACGAACCUACGAACAAGAAUGGGCGGAGCUUCAGGUUCGUCCACCCCAGCCUUCAGAUGUUCAUGGCUGCCGUGUACGUCUACGUCAAGUUUCGGAUGACCGGGGAAAACAUGUUUGAGCGGCAGAGAAGCGGCAGAGACCGGUCCGUCUGUGAGCUUUUCAAACCCGUCAUCGACCGCGUGCUCGCCAGACGCGACGGGCACAUGGACCUGUUCCUGCGCUUCCUGUUGGGGCUGGUGGCUCGCGUGACGGAAAAGACCCUGCGUGGCCACCUGCUGCCUCAGCGUCACCCCGAGCCGAAGGGCGUCGAGGACAUGAUCAAGUACGCCAGGAAGAGGAUAAAGGAGAACGCCGUACCCGAGCGGUGUAGAAAUUUGGAACUGUGUCUCACGGAGCUGGAAGAGGGCAUGAAGGGUUGAUGGGAGAUCGGCUGGUGAUUGAAAAAGUGGUUCAUAUAGUAGCAGAACAUCUAAAUGAAGAGAGGCUUUCGUUAUUUUGUCUGAUUGAGAGUGAUUUUUUAAUGAGAAGUUCUUUAAUGAGUGUUUACCUCUGACUAACGAGAGAUAGAUGGGUGUUUUUUUCCACAGCACAUUCAAAAACAAGAACCAGCCCAACUGGGUAAACCGAAAUAACUUUAUUUCUAGUUCAUUUUCCCCAAAAGCUUGUGAACGAUAUGCUGUUGGGGGAAAAAACUGCUUAAAAAGAAUGCUAUUUUAAUUGACACGAACAUUGAUUAUGGAUAGCCAGAGUGCGCUUGUAGAAAGGAUGAGGCUGUAUAAAAACUUUUUUUUUAAAAUACAGUCAUGUGUGAAACGUUUUUAAACGUAGCCUGUUAUUGUCAAAUUUGUUGUUUAUUUAUUGUCAGAUCUCUAUUCUAAUAUGCCACUGAAAGCACUCCAUUUUGAGUAAUCAUAACGACGACAAGCCUCCUCGUGUCCGAGUGGAACGAGGCGCUACCGUUAGUUUGCCAUGUUUAGGCUAGUUUUGAACGUUCUUGUGUGCAUGCUGUCUCUGGUAUGUGCAUGACCGAUCAGAGACCGAUGGCGUCGCUAGCCCCGCCCCUACGCACUCGUAGGGAAAUUCCUGAAGUUUCUUCAGGAGAAAUAUGCUUACUUGAGCAGGUAACAAAACACAUCUGGCUUGAAUCCUUGGUAGUACUAUUAAGGGGAACAGAACCAUCAAUCUUGUGACGUUUCCUCUAGAGUGAGUGUGUGUGUGGUGGAUGACUGGCCUCUUACUCCAGACUACAUCCCAAAUGGUUAUCCUACUUCAAAACAGAAUGGCACCUUCGUCCUUGCUCCAGUUGAGUUUGGGCAUUUGCACACUACAUCGCCCACUGACAGAAUAAGACUUUCCUCAUUACUGAUAUUUAUGGCUCGUUGACCCAAUAAAGUAGCCAUAAAUUGGACGUCUACUAAGGACACUAAACAGCGAGGAAUUUUGAACAUAUGAUAGUGGGAGUAUCUUACACACACAGUUCGGUGUGGUCCAUUACUAGAUCUAAAAAGACAACUUCCUGUUUACAUUUGACAAUAAAUGUUCAUGUGUGUAUGGGAGUGAUGAGAAUAAAUGGGAUUGGUGCUUCUCCUCA